AAGAAGUCCUUAUAAAUAAACCAUAACAAGAGCCCCAGUUCUGCCAUCUUGCCUUGGUUCUUAUACGCUAAAAGCAUAAAUACUGCAGCCCCUACACUCAUAUGGACAAAUGCCAUCAUGCCCAUUAUUAGCAAUGCCAACGACUUUAGCAAUUUCUCAGUCAGCACAGAUGACAGCAGCCUUGAUCGCUUUUUCACUGAGAUUCCAGAAACUGAGACCAUUAAAGGGGUGUACUUUCAGCGGGCCCAGCUACUACGUGACCCCUCUGCCCUUGCCAGUGUUGAUCACAGCAAAUCUGCCCUUGUAAAUGUCGGUGGCGAUCGCUACACAUUUGCCUGGAGUACACUAGAUGAGUUUCCACUCUCCCGUUUGGGCCAGUUACGUCACUGCAGCAGCCCUGAUGACAUCGCCCGGCUUUGCGACGACUAUGACCCAGCAAGCCGAGAGUUUUUCUUUGAUCGCAGUGCCGCUGCAUUUCGUGUCAUCCUCAACUUUCUGGCAGCGGGCAAGCUUAGGCUGCUGAGGCAUGCAUGCGCUGUUUCAUUUUCAGAUGAGCUCAACUACUGGGGCAUCGAACCCACCGGGAUGGAGCGCUGCUGCAGGCGAGCUAUGAUUACCAGCUUGGAUGACAUGGCUAGUAAGAAGCGGAAAGAGGAUGAGAGGAGGCAGAGGAGGAUGUCCAAAAUUCCAGCACGGGAAGGGGAGAAGGGCUACCUUGGCAUCAUAAGUCACCUCAGAGAGGUGAUGGAGAACCCACACUCUGGUUGGAUGGGCAAGGGCUUCGCCUGCAUCUCUGUCAUCAUGAUCGGUGUGACCGUGGUCAGCCUGUGUAUCAGCACCAUGCCUGAUCUCAGACAGGAAGAGAGCACAGGUGAAUGUUCACCGAAGUGUCAACAGAUGUUCAUUGUGGAGACCGUGUGUGUGGCCUGGUUUUCCCUGGAGCUGACAUUGCGUUUCCUGCAGGCUCGCAGCAAAUUGGACUUCGCACGAAGACCACUUAACAUCAUUGAUGCAGUGGCCAUUCUGCCUUACUACAUCUCCCUGCUGGUAGAAGAGCGAGAUCUCAGGUUAGGCAAUCAAUCGUAUGCUGGUGGACGGCAUGGAAGAGGCUAUUUGGAUAAACUGGGUCUGAUUCUUCGGCUCAUACGCGCCCUGCGUAUCCUUUAUGUCAUGCGUCUGGCAAGGCACUCACUGGGCCUGCAGACGCUUGGCCUGACCGUUCAGAGGAGCACUCAAGAGUUCGGUCUACUGCUGAUCUUUGUCUGCGUGGCCGUGGCACUAUUCUCCCCUCUCAUUCACCUGGCUGAAAGUGAACACCAUGGCUUCAGCAGCAUCCCUGCAUGCUAUUGGUGGGCUAUCAUCUCCAUGACCACGGUGGGCUAUGGUGACAUGGUGCCCCGCACCAUCCCUGGCCAGAUGCUGGCAUUCAGUGCUAUCCUGAGCGGCAUCCUCAUCAUGGCCUUCCCUGCGACCUCUAUCUUCCAUGUGUUCUCACACACCUAUCGUGAUCUGAAGCAGGAGCAGGAGCUGAUGUGCAAGGAUGAACGAGUGGCCUUUCUGGCUGCAGAGAAUAUCAGGACAGAUUCUGAGAAAAACUCAUAUUCCUGGCAACAAGUACAUGAGGGUGAAAAUAAGGAUGUGACUGAAAAUCCUGCAGUGACAGAAACCACAUGCUCAGACUUGCCAUAGAUACUGGAACUACUGGUGAAAGGGAAAGUCGUACCCCCUGCUAAGAGAGAGUUUUAUGCAUAUGAAAUAAGGAUACAAAAUGUUUUCCUUUUUUUUUUCAAAAGGUUAAAAGCUUAACCAAAAAAAUCUAAAUGAUAGUGUCUUUUAUGAAGACAUAAAAUAUACAUCUCUUUGUGUGUUGUCUAUAGGCAGAAUUUGCCUAAAAAUGAAGAUCAGACCUUUAUUUUUUUAUGAGAGAAUAAUGUAAAAAUGUGGUAAUUCCAAGGGAAGGAGAUGGCCGUUAUCACCAAAGAUAAACACCUAGCAAUAAUGCUAUUUAUUAGCUUUACUGAACAGUAAUAUUACAUAAGUGUUACAUCUUUGUUGUCUCUAAUACUAAAUAAAAUUAUCACUGCAAUUCUGAAU